UUGGGUUGAUUAAAUCAUUGGGUGUAUACUUUUCUUUUUAAUAGCACAAUUAAGAUUCUAAAGAAUAUGUUAAUGAAUUUUUUCAUGGUUCAAAUUUGGCUCAUUAAGAUGGUUAUUAAUUAAAACACGGCAAUUUGAAAGUGAAUUAAGCGCGACUGGUGCUUUGCGCAAAUUUUGUGUUGAACCCCGUUGCAAAAAAAAAAAAAAAAGUAUACACGUUUCUUCUCAUUUUGCCGAAUACAAAGAAGAUCGCUCAAGUGCCUAUAGCUGUCAACACUGAAAUUGGACAGUAUUCACACUUUGAACUAGAAAGACGGGAUUUGUUCAACUAGUCAUUGCCAUUGACCGAAAUACAGAUAAAAGUGAUCAUCCAAAGUGCUUCUUUUCCGUCAUAUGUAUCUGUGAAUUAAGACGUUUUCUAUUCUCAGAAGGAGUGGAGUCUGCACCUUACGUUGUUACGCCUCAAUCCAAUUCCAAUCUGAAUUCCCAUGAAAGCAAAAUCUAUCCUGGAAUGAAAUUCUCCAAAAAGCGAUAGCAUAGUAAGUGUGCGAUCAGAGAGUCGGGAUAUUGUACCAUGCCCUAGAGGAGAGGAAUCUAUCUCUCGUGUUAACCCAUUCAACAGCACCAGGAGACCUACCACUCCGUGCCAGAUUCUGGAAUAAUACCAUCCUCUUCAGCUUAAUUUUUAAAGUGUUAAGUGAAUGGAGGACCCUAUGAAAAGGAUAUCGUCAUUAUACAGCAUACAGAGAGGACAAACCAAAGAGUCUAAAAUAUCAUAACAACAAAGCUGAGCUGGUAUGUGGUACACGAAUGAGUACAAGAAAGGGAAACUGGGCAGUUGUGCAUUUGGAUUUGUUUCAAAUUUUGGUCCAUGCUAAUAGAUAUAGGCUCCACAGUACGUAGCGAUACACACGUUGUCGCACCUGUUCUAAAAUCGCAGUGCGAUGUUUACCCUGAAACUUUCCAUUUAGGCCAGAGAAAACACUUCACAAUAUACUGAUUAAUCAGAUUUAGAGGGCUAAGGCCACUUAAAGGAUAUAUUUUCCUAGAAAUGACACAAAUAAGGGUUUUUAGAAAUGAAAACGAAGAACAGGUGGCCAUUUUCGUACAAUCGUACGUAUGACAGGUGACUGUCACAGGAAAAAAAACGCCUGGAGAAGAAGAUGAGCACUCACUGCGUCCAAUCGCCAAUUCAGUUAUUAUUCCAAUAAUCUUCAGGGCCAGUAGUACCACGGGAGUUGGGGAGAAUUCUUGAUGUCCUGACAACUUAAUUUGGUGGACAUUCGCGCCACAUGAUAUUAACCCCAAAGUUAGUGGAACAGUUACUGUCCUGUAGCAUUCACCAUUCGUGAUUUGGCUUAGCUCACGUACGGCUGAGAUCAUUCGGGGAAAAGUAAAUAUAAAAAAGCAAAUUAAUUGGAGCAACCAUCGAUUUUUCAUUAAGAUUUGAUUCGGAGCCAGAUUGGAGCUUCACGCUGCAGUUACCUUGGCGCCGGUUAAAGACGAGCAUGAAGCUGUGCUUCGCUCGAGUGAUUUACAUAAAUUAAAACAUUGUGGAUCGGGCUUGGCACGGAGCGUGGAAAACAAGGUGCAAGACAUUGGAACGAAAAAGAUAACAGACAUUCUGUUCAGCUUCUGUGUGGUUUCAGAAAUUGUGAACAGGCCUGUGUGCAGACCAAGCGAGAGGCACCGUUUACACAGUAGGAGCAUCCACAUGUUGGGUUUUUAGGUGUGAUGAUUCUGUUUUAUGUGAUCAACGAUAAAAACUACGCCUAUGGAUUCUAGAUCUGUAAGUUAUGCCAAAUAGCUCAAGGAGUCCCAUUCCAUAGAAAACCUGUUAAAAUAGCAAAACUCAAACAGAAAGUUCUAGCAUGGAAAUGGAACCGACGGGCACCAACGUGACGGCCAACUACUGCCUUGCAUAUGGUUCUCCCUGUUGGUGCAACGCCAUGUAUUCCUUGACGUGCGUGGGAUCAAUAGGGAACAUUCUGACAGGGGCCGUGAUCCUGCAGACCCCAGAGCUUCGAAACAAACCCCUCUUCGUCUACUUGACGUGCCUGGCCACUGUUGACCAAAUGAUCUUAAUACUGCUCUCUCUUGGGUGCCUGCCGUUUAGGGAUUUCCACCCAGUGACACAGUGUGUGUUAAAAAUCUCGAUUUUAUGGUUGAAUGAUAUUAUGAAUUAUGUCGAGAUGGGGAUAAUAUUCUUGUUGACGAUAGAACGGUUCUUUUUGAUCACCAAUCCUCUGAGAAUACGCCAUCUCUGUACGCAGAGGAGGGCAUUACGCAACGUCCUCGUGAUAACCGUGGUGAUAGCCAUGUUGACGGCUGUUAGGAUUUUCGCUAUUGAGGAAUGUCAAACGUUCUUCCCCGGCAAUGUGCCCAAACUGAAAGUGAUCAUUUUCACAACCUACUGCAGCUUUCAUAAUUUGGUCUCCCUGAGCGUGCUGACCAUCAGCAUCUUAAUCAUUUACAAACUUCACCAACACAGAAACAUCGAGCGGUCCAUGAGGAGCACAGCCAUAAAGCACCAGACGGACGUCCUCCUACUGGCGACCGCACUCAUGUUUGUGCUGCUAAACUGGCCGUUACACGUCAAUGACGUCAUCAUGGCGUAUGAGUGGUUGUCGGCCAAUGACGUAACGCUAUCCAAAGACCCGGAAGUACGAGAAAUUCUGUUCAUAAUCAGCAAAGUGAAUAACUGUAUUAAUUUUUAUAUGUAUACUUUGACGGGACAUAUGUUCCGAGACGGCCUGAAGCAGCUAAUGCAGCGUGGGUCAAGUAAGGAGAGAAGGAAAAGCUCCCAGUACUAUAUUGGGCUUCGGAUGGACAUGUUAGAGGUAGAGCACUCAGCAAGUACACGUAGCACGAGUGGUUUGAGCUGCUGAAGUGCUCAUCGAAUAAUAACUUUGCAUGGCGAUUACGGCAUGAUAUAUGGGAUCAUAUUAGAUACGUUCAAAUAGUUAUGACACUUAUAUCAAACAAACGUUGUCAAGUAGGCCCCUUUUGGGUAACUAGAGAAAUAUCAGAUUUAUGUAUCAUAAAAUGAUACAAACUCUCCGAUAUCAUAUACCGGUGAGUCCGUUUAUAGGAUACCUGUUUUUUCUAUGUGGAUGUCAUUCUAAGACCCGCUGUUGGUAGGAAUACCAGCGAGUCUCAAGGAUUUUCAAACAUCCGUCGCAAUUUCAUUUACUCCAAACACGACGUCCGUGAAAUGUUAUCAACUAUUCUUGAAUGCGAGCAUCCAUAGGCAUACAUGUAUAUGUUUCACCCACGUUUUAAACAUUGCUCCUUUUUGUUCGAUAUUAAAGAAGUGCUGUGUUGUUUUACCAGUUCAGUGUUUGAUGUAUUAAGUUGUAUAUAAACGAGUUUUUACAUAAUAUGACCGUAAUCUAGAUCUACCUGUAGAUGUAAGAAUUUGUAUAUAAGAUUAUCGUAAAAUAGAUGUUAACCUUCAGAGUUUAUGUGAACUAUACUUUCUACGUAUGUGUACAUAGAAUUCUCUAAAGUAUGUUGAAGUAAAAAUGAAAGGCUGGAACCAGUCUUUGUUUUUAACUGAAAAUGCAUUGGUGCAUACAAUAAGCAGUGAUCUUUAAUGCAUACAUAUUAGCCGACGUGAAAAUAACCUCGUCUUAACUCAAGACGGAGACAAACGAUCGAUAGGUCAAAUACUAAAAUUCCGCACUCACUUCCAUAAAUCCAAGGUCAUCUGAAGAACUAAACACACACACAAAAGAUUGUCGCAAAGUUUGAAAUUCAUAUUUUCAGUUUGACAAUGAAGUCAACCAGUGUCUGAUCACACAGGCAAAACACAUAUCAAAACAAUUUAAUCUAUCAGACCAAAAACAGAACACCUUUUUAAGGUGGGACUGUACUCGAAUAAGGCUGAAAAUCACGUUUCUAUAGAGAAAAUCAACAGUAAGUCUUGAAUGAAAAAUCCCCGAACUCCUUUGUAGUACUUUGUUCAAGUGUUAUAAUACCAUUCAAAGCAUGUUUUUAGCUGUCUAGGUGCCUGAGAAAAUCAGGAAACCGAAAAUGAUGUUUUUGCCCCCAAAAUCCCAAUAUUACGUCACUGAACUUGGAGCUGUGUCUCAAGCAUUAUUACAUGUUUUGAAAAUACAAUAAAUGAAUGCAAGAGGAUAAAAGCUAAGGCCUUUAAUUAAAAAUAAAAACUCCAACCUGCAGUCCCACCUUAAUCUCAUGCAUUUUUCGUGUGAAUUGACCGUUUUA